UUAGGAUAAAGCAAGAUGGCGUCUGACGGUGAAGACGUUAUUGCAGUCGUCACAGUUCAGUGUUCUUAAUCUGUGCGUCCAUGUACACAUAUAUGUCCUUUAUUACACUCUAUUAAAUAGAGUCAUAAUAACUGUUUGCAUCCGGUUAUAUUAGUCUGAGCGCACUUUGAUGCUUCUCGAGCUAGCUUAGCGUGCUAGUUAGCUUAGCUUGUUAGCUGCUAACAAAGAGAGAUGAAAACACAUCGCUAAGCAGAGAUCAAGUGUGAGUGUAAAGUGUUGUGAUUGUGUGAAAAUGUGCGAAAGAACCAUAGCAGAGUACGAGGAGGAACUUUGUCCAACAAAAGAGGAGAAGGAGCGACAACAUGAAAAACAUCAAGUUGUGUUACACACAACAGACAUCCAUCAGCUGAUUGGACACCAAGAAGAAUGUCUCCCUCAUCUGCAGGGGGACAGUUUCACUUUAGAGGAUACACAACCCUCACACUUUAAAGGGUACGAGGAGGAUCCACAGCCCUCUUAUUUUAAAGAGGAAGAGGGUCCUGUAGGGCAGGAGGAGGCUGAUCUCAGCAAGUUUCCACUGACUGUUGUCUCUGUGAAGACUGAAGAGCAUGAAGACAAAGCACCUGAGUCCUCACAGCUUCAUCACAGUCCAAACGUCUGUGAAGAACAUCUUCACCCUGAGCAACAGAAGUGGAGCUUCACGAUGGAGCCACAGCCCUCCCACAUUAAGAAGGAAGAGGAUUACCCACUGAUCCCCCAAUUUAAAAAGGAAGAGGAGGCCCCACUGACACCCCAUUUUAAAGAGGAAGAGGAAGACCCACUGAUCCCUCACAUUAAAGAGGAAGAGGAGGAACACAGCAUCAGUCAGCAGGGAGAGCAUGUUGAAGGACUGGAGGAGGUUGAUGUCACCAAGAUGCCAGUGACUGGUGUCCCUGUGAAGAGUGAAGAUGAUGAGGUCAAAGGUGAGAGUGAACAAAAGUGGAGCUUCAGGAUGCGGACGGAGGAGCCACAGCCCUCCCACAUUAAGAAUGAAGCGGAAUACCCACUGACACCCCAUUUUAAAGAGGAAGAGGAGGACCCACUGAGCCCUCACAUUAAAGAGGAAGAGGAGGAACACAGCAUCAGUCAGCAGGGAGAGCAUGUUGAAGGACUGGAGGAGGUUGAUGUCACCAAGAUGCCAGUGACUGGUGUCCCUGUGAAGAGUGAAGAUGAUGAGGUCAAAGGUGAGAGAGAGGCGGAGCCUCCAAGCAGCAGCUCAACUCAACACAUGACAACAGAAGCUGAUGGAGACCACUGUGGAGGAUCACAAGCAGACAAGCUCUUAGCUCCACUAUCAGAUAGUGAGGACACAACGUCACACUCUCCUGACACUGAUGAUGAACACUCUAAAGAUGAUGCAACAUGUCACACUGACAACACACACUUCACAUGUUCUCACUGUGACAAAACUUUUAAAUAUCCUAGUAAUUUCAAAAGACACAUGAGAACACACACUGGAGAAAAACCUUUUUCAUGUUCAAUAUGCGGUAAAAAUUUUACUCAAAGGUACAUUUUGAAAAUACACAUGAGAAAACACACUGGAGAAAAACCUUUUUCAUGUUCAAUCUGUAGUAAAGAUUUUACUGAAAGGUACCAUUUCAAAGCACACAUGAGAAGACACACUGGAGAAUUAUUUUUAUGUUCAAUCUGCGGGAAAGGUUUUGUAAAAAGUCAGUGUUUAAAAGAACACAUGAGAAGACACACUGGAGAAAAACCUUUUUCCUGCUUAGAAUGUGGUAAAGCUUUUGUACGAAGAAGCCCUUUAAAAGUACACAUGAGAAUACACACUGGAGAAAAACCUUUUUCCUGCUCAGAAUGUGGUAAAAGUUUUGUAAUAAAUAAAAAUUUAAAAGUACACAUGAGAACACACACUGGAGAAAAACCUUUUCCAUGUUCAAUCUGCGGUAAAGGUUUUGCUCGAAGGCAACAUUUCAAAACACACAUGAGCAUACACACCGGAGAAAAACCUUUUUCCUGCUCAGAAUGUGGUAAAAGUUUUGGACGAAAGCAAAGCUUAAAAGAACACAUGAGAAUACACACCGGAGAAAAACAUUUUUCAUGUUCAAUCUGUAGUAAAGAUUUUACUGAAAGGUACCAUUUCAAAGCACACAUGAGAAGACACACUGGAGAAAAACCUUUUUCCUGCUUAGAAUGUGGUAAAGCUUUUGUACGAAGAAGCCCUUUAAAAGAACACAUGAGAAUACACACUGGAGAAAAACCUUUUUCCUGCUCAGAAUGUGGUAAAAGUUUUGUAAUAAAUCAAAAUUUAAAAGUACACAUGAGAACACACACUGGAGAAAAACCUUUUCCAUGUUCAAUCUGCGGUAAAGGUUUUGCUCGAAAGCAAUAUUUCAAAAUACACAUGAGCAUACACACGGGAGAAAAACCUUUUUCCUGCUCAGAAUGUGGUAAAAGUUUUGGAAGAAAUCAAAGCUUAAAAGAACACAUGAGAAUACACACCGGAGAAAAACCUUUUUCCUGCUCAGAAUGUGGUAAAAGUUUUGGAAGAAAUCAAAGCUUAAAAGAACACAUGAGAAUACACACCGGAGAAAAACAUUUUUCCUGCUCAGAAUGUGGUAAAAGUUUUCUAAAAAGUGAAAGUUUCAAAGUACACAUGAGAACACACACUGGUGAAAAACCUUUUUCAUGUUCAAUCUGCGGUAAAGAUUUUACUCAAAGGCACCAAUUAAAAGUACACAUGAGAACGCACUCUGGUGAAAAACCAUACCCCUGUUCAAGCUGCAACAAAAGCUUUCGUCACCUAAACGCUCUUACAGUACACAUGAGAAAACACACAGGACAGAAAGUGUUGAGUUGCAGUGUGUGUGGUGAAAGAUUCUCUUAUAAGUACCAGUGUAAGAAACACAAGUGUGCUGGUGAGAACAGCAGCAGCAAAUGAAGAUGCAGGAUUUGAAAUAAACUGUCAAAACUGAACUUUGACCUUCUAACAACAUCAGCACAUAGAUGCUAACAUUUAUAGAUUAGAUAUUUUAGAUUAUUGCUUUUUUCAGUCAAGUACAUGUUUUAAUAUACAUUGUGUAUUUUUAUUUAACAAUGAACACAACACUUGGUCUGUAAAGGUGAGAAUAAACAAGACAAAACAUGUUACAAUUACAUUUUAUGUGUAUAGAGAUAUUUAGAAAUCAUUUUCAAUUAUUAAUGAUGUUAUAAAUGAACUCCUUUAUAUGAUGUACAUAUUUGUUUUACAUGUGUUCAUACCUUUGCUUUUGAGUACUCAUAAAUCCCUCUUAGUUCAUAUUUACUGGUUCACAUCUGAAACAUCUUCUGGACCACUUCUGGAAGCAUAUUAUUAUUUACUUUAUACAUCAUUUGAGCAGUUGUCUUUUAUACAAGAUCAUUUACUUUUAAAAUGUGUGACUUUAUGAAUCAUUGGUUGGGUCUCAAUAAUCCAUUAUUUUAACUAUCUUUUUUUACUCUCUUUUGUAAUAUGAAUAUUGUUUUAUAUGUAUGUCCCUUUGUGUAAUAUGUAGAUUAGAGAAAAUGGCAACAUUAUAUGUGGAAGGUUAUGAACGAUAGUUUUGUUUUUAAUAAUCUACAUUUCUAAUUAAAAAACUACACGUGACAAUUGUUUUUUUAAAGUUGUUUUUCCCCCCCCUUUUUUAGAAUCCCUCAAACAUGAUCAAUUUCAGAAAACAUGGGAAAGUUUGGAACGUUAGGGAAAAGUCAAUAAUGUACAUCAUCCCACAGAGCUUUACUGUACAUCCAUCCAUUUUUUCUACCACUUGUCCCUUUCAUUUUAUGUAUAGCCUUUAAUCACAAACUUGUCCGCCAAAGGGUGUUGCGUUUUGGAGAAACUCCUUCUGUCAGAGUGCUGUUCAACACAGUAAAGAGGAA